UGCCAUUGCGGUCGCGGAGCCGAGCCCUAGGCACCAACUCCAACUCCCCUCACACGCAACUGCCUCUCUCUUUCCCCCUUCUCCUCGUCGUCGUCCUCUCCCGACGCCCCCGCAAUCCCCAAUCCGUCCUCGUUCUCCUCCGCGGUUUGAUCGGAAAGGUUCGUCUGUAGUAGGGUUUGCGCCGGAUAGAGAAGGGGAAAGGUGAAGCGUGGAGGCGGGUGAAGGGACCCAUGGCGAGCGACGUGCCCAUGACCCCGGAGCUCGAGCAGAUCGACGGAGAGAUCCAGGACAUCUUCCGCGCACUCCAAAAUGGGUUCCAAAAGAUGGACAAGAUUAAAGAUUCUAAUAGGCAAGCUAAACAAUUGGAGGAUCUUACAGGGAAAAUGAAGGAGUGCAAGCGCUUGAUCAAAGAGUUUGAUCGUAUUCUGAAAGACGAGGAGUCAAAGAACCCUCCUGAAGUCAACAAGCAGCUAAAUGACAGAAAACAGUAUAUGAUCAAAGAGUUGAACUCCUAUGUCACCUUGAGGAAGACAUACCAAAGUAGCCUUGGUAACAACAAGCGGGUUGAACUCUUUGAUAUGGGUGCUACAAGUAGUGAGCCUGCCGCAGAUGACAAUAUUCAAAUGGCAUCAGCUAUGACGAAUCAACAACUCAUUGAUUCUGGAAGAAACCAAAUGGAUCAAACAGAUGAAGCUAUUGCACGUUCAAAAAUGGUUGUUGCGCAAACUGUCGAAGUUGGAUCUCAAACUGCUACAACAUUAACACAGCAGACGGAACAAAUGAAGAGAAUUGGCAAUGAGCUCGAUUCGGUUCACUUUUCAUUGAAGAAAGCUAGCCAGCUUGUGAAAGAGAUUGGCCGGCAGGUAGCAACAGACAAAUGCAUCAUGGGGUUGCUUGCUCUGAUAGUUUUUGGCGUUAUUGCAAUUAUCAUUGUUAAGAUCGUCAACCCGCAUAACAAGAACAUCCCAGAUAUCCCAGGAAUGGCUCCACCUGCUCAAAAUUUUCAGACUAACAGGAGAUUGUUGUCAGCAAAAGCUUUCAGAAGUCUUUGAUGAUUGCAUGCGGUGGUUUCAUGCUGCAGUCCUUUUGUAACAAAGCUGCUGGCAGUGCGCCAUGAGAUACGUUGUAACAAUUCUUCUGCUCAUGUAUAUUAUUUUCUGUUGUGUGUAUAUGCACUAUGCAACAGAGAUGAGGUCUCUUCUACGAGUAUGUAGGAAUACCCCAUAGCACUUUAUGAAAUUUCAAAUGGUAGAAACAUAAUCAGACGUUUUAGAUCAAAGUAGUGAUCUAAAACGUCUUAUAUUAGUUUAUAGAGUACCACAAAACAUGACGAGUUCGCACCGCUGGCAGCUGUAUUUAAUUGAGGCAACAAGUGUGACUAGGGCUGCCAGCUAGUCGCUUCUGUCUGCAGUGCAAAAACCUCCCAAGGCUUCAGCGUCAGUGUACGAGAAAAGAAAACACUAUAGUGGCGUUUUGGCUCUGGCGUCCAGAUGAUCUUGGUAUACUGGACGUCCAGCUGCUUCUCUAGAUCUGAGCAAGGAGCAAUUAUUGAUGAUAUAAGUUGGCUUAGAAAAUCAGGGAAAGCAAUUAAUGAUGCAAUUAAUGAUUAUAUACGGUGGCUAGACUAGCCACAAUGAGGAGUAACUUAUAUAGAGUAGUAAUAUCUAUAUGUUACUACUCUAUAUUACUACCUCUACAAUGGGGAGUAACAUAUGUGUGGUGUCAUGCAACAUUUUAUUUAUUAAGUUGUAGAUUCAUCUUGUAUUGGUACGUGUGAUGUUAUUCAUAUUACUAGUAACUAGCUGUUACCACAUUACUCUUUUUUUUCAUUAAUUAUUUGCCACAUCA